UUGCCAAGUACAGAAUACAGCCCUGUAUCCCCAACACCUGUCGGAACUUAUAUCAUGCAAUUCACGGUCGAUAGCCUCUACACGAUCAUGAUAUCUGAGCUAUCGAAGUCUCACUCGCCAAGCGCGAGCAUUCCAUCACAAUCGAAACCCCACUCUUCGGUCGGCCAAAGCCAACAUAGGCGCACGUGACGCGACUUAUCGAUAAGAAUGGCAUCAUUGGCAAGCAAUAUCCGGUCCCGCAUUUCAUCUUAUCCCCGAGAGCCCCUCCGCCACCGGAGACAACGCAACUUUUCACAAUGGAAGAUAGGACUGUUCUGCGCAAAGAUCAAUUAGAGAUCAGCUUGCACAAUGAGCAGAAGCUAAUCAAGGAGGGCACUAUCCUUGACGAUAACCCUCUUGACCUGAGCGAGCCGUUUCGGGAACUAUGUGAAGCUUGUCGUAAGGGGGAUCUUAAGGUUUGUCAAGAGAAGAUCACCGAGGGAGUCAAUGUUAAUGCACGGGAUCCUUACGAUUAUACCCCUUUAAUCCUGGCGAGUCUCUGCGGUCAUUACGAAGUCGCCCAGCUACUCCUUGAAUCUGGGGCUUUAUGUGAGAGAGACACCUUUCAAGGAGAAAGGUGCCUAUACAAUGCUUUGAAUGACCGUAUACGAAAUCUGCUUCUUGAAUAUGAUUACUCUAAAUCGACUGAUCCGCUCCAGCCUCUUGCUGCUCAUGUUGCAUCACUCAUGGUGCGCGAAGAACCCAAGACAUUUGACAUAGAUGUUGCUGCUGGCAACGAGGUUUUGCGUCUACACAAGUUUAUCCUCGCUGCUCGAUCGCCCUAUUUCCGUCAAAAGCUGAAGUCUGCCCCGGAGACCACGGCAUGGAAGCUCCCAAGUACCAUACCACCGCAGGCUUUUGGGACGGCGAUCAAGUACUUGUACCUGGGAGAGCCCCCUCGAGACUUGAGGAGUGGGCCGGGAACAGGAUUUACAGAGUCAGAAGUCUUUGCCGGCAUUGACAAAAUCGCCAACUACUUGGAAAUCAGCACCCUUGUGGACAGCAUAAUCGACAGCGGUGAUAGAAGGCUUGCCCGGCAAAGGAGAACGAUCGAAAUUACGAGAGGACGAGACCAACUAGAGGAAUGGUUUCGGGAGAAUGUUCUUCAGAAUAAAUUAGUGGUCGAUACAGAAAAGGUCGAUGACAUCCAAUGGGAUCACAAUAAUCCCAUAUUUGCGGAUGUUCUAUUACGAGCCGACGAACUUCCCGAGGACGAGAACCUGCAAUCGACUGAGAAUUCCGGUACUACCGGCCUCCCUCUUGGCCCCAUUGGAUCUUCUGGAGACGUGCAAUCGCCUCGAAAGUCGACAAUCUUCCCCUGCCACAGGGCGAUGCUGCUACGGUCCGAAUUCUUCCAGACUAUGUUCAAUUCCUCUUUUCGCGAAGCUCAGAUGAAAGAACAUCUACAUAUCAUCCCAUUGGACUGCUCCCCAGAUGUGCUAGAAAUUAUUCUCACAUUCCUCUACACUGAGCGAGCUGAUUUCUCCCUUGACAUUGCAGUCGACGUGCUGUUUGCGGCGGACAUGCUUUUCAUCGAGAAGCUCAAGACAAAGGCGGCAGUUGUGAUCAGCACCCUAGGCAGUGGCAACAUGUCACAAGCGGAAGCCGCGAAGACUAGAGGUGAGGAGGAAGACGACAUAGACAUUUACGGUAUCAUUCGUGCUGCGUGGAUGACCCGUGUUCAGCGACUGGAGCAAUUUGCUGCUCGUUAUUUGGCUUAUCGUCUUGAGGCACAUAUAGAUUCUCCUGAAUUCGCGGAGCUGAUCGAAGAGUCAGCACUCCGUAUCCAAGGACGACAGGAAACCGAUUCCAUUGAGUUGCUGGACGAUAUAAGAUUUUACCUCAAUGAACGGUUCAGGCUCAGGUUUGAUGACGCGGGCAUAGAAGAGAUGAUGGAGGAAACUAUACAACAACCCGUGGAUGUUGAGACCAACAACGAAGGACUUGAGAAAGUUAUCAGCGGCGUCAACGCGAUUGACCUUGUUACGAAUAGCGACGCUGUGCCUGAACCCAUUGUUACCAAUGGGGAGGAUCGCCCGCCCGUCAUCCGAACUUUGGAUGGGGAAAUCGCCGGCGAUGAAUUCACCAAAGACGCAAUCAACUACCAGAUUUUGAUGGAAAAGCUGGAUCAGAUUCUGGAAAGCCUGAACUUAGACGCAUAAACUGUUUGGAGUUCAGAACCUUGCCUUUAGCGUUCGAAGAGUCGAUGAUUGACGACCUACAGAACCUAACGCACCAUAUAUACAUCCGCGAGGACUCCGCCGAAGACAUUUUUUUAUUGUUAUUUUUAUUUUCUUGAUCUACACCAUAUAUGCAUACGCAAGAAUACAUUCUCUGAACUUUCUGGCUCCUGGGUAGAAACAGUCCCCUAUGGUUAUACACUCGCUCCGCUCCAAGUUCCAUUCAAACCCAAUUCUACAUUGUGACAGAGUCUUCUCACCAUUUUGCUUACUUCAGACCGACUCGAUGGCAGUGACUUUCGAAUGGAAUGCAAGUUCACCUUAUGAAAAGUUGGCCGCAGAGGAGAAGUCGAGCAGCUUCAUGUAGAUUUCCACAGGCAAACAGCAUGUGAAUUCGGUACAAUCUCGUGACAAAGACGAAUCGAUGUUGAGUACGACACCUCUCUAUACAGCAAAAACCUGCGAUGCUAAUGACAAGGACUUGAUACGCUUUCCCAACAGUCUUGUGUUCGGUCAGAGCAAACAUCGAAAGCACGCGCCCCGGCCCGCAGAGUCAGUGCGAUACUUUGGGGCUGCUAGCGCACGCUCUCUUGUUUAUCAUUCGAGCAUCAUCUGCACCUUCAAAACAGAGAAACUCAAACAAUGUCAAGGUUUGACAGAACGGAGUCCAAACCCGUAAUAUUUUCGUCGCUGAUUCUUCUGACCGUCAGCGCCUUGUACCUGGGACUGAAAAUGCCGCAGUGAGAGAUGAUGAUAAUUCAGGCCCAUGCCGGAAUUUGUGAUAGCAAGCGAGGGCCUGCAUAUGGUGCUGGCAAUCCCAGCUCUAGGAUUAUUUCCUCUCAUCUCUCAGAACGACCUCAGGCUGCUUGACGAAUGAUGAAAGCAGAUUGCCUUACGCGAGGUGCGCAAGCCAGCAGACAACAGAGUCGAGACAAUCCGAUAGACCAUGUUCUGGUCUAGAGGGCUGAUCAUGCUGCAAUGUUUCCACCUUACAAAUUCAGAUUUACCUUUCCCUGGUGUCGGGCGUGGGAUGGCAAAAGGCUCUUUGAAGGCUAGGCGCCGGGUGGUCUGAACAGCCAACCAAAAUCCAUCGCUCAGAGAUCAAUGCAGCGGGGAGGAGCCACCCAGGAGGAUCUGUGCAGAUUUUGGUGUCAGGGUGGUAUUCACUCAACCUGAGGCGAUGAGGCACAGGGUGACUGGAGACUCAGAGUGGGAAAGUGGGCGAAGGGAACCAAAUCAUGCAGGAUUGAAAAUCAAAGCGUCAAAAUGCUGGCGAUCAUGAAGGCUGAUUGGUGACCUGGCCCCUUCUUUUUUUUCUCCUGCUGCUUUCUGGCUGGUACGUUGAAUCGGGCAUUUCCGUGGCGGAUCGCCCACGAAACGCAUGGUCAAUCUGCUGUCGGGAUUUUUACUUGCCAAUCAAUGGACGUGAGGGGCCGAAUCAUGGUCAAUGUUGGGUGUCGACGGUGGCCACCGCAACUUCGCAACUUGCAUGGGGCUCGACCAUUAACCAUCGUUCCUUUCAACUCUGUUCCCAGAGUGUGCUUGCCAGGACACACCAUAAGUUUUUGACUGUGCGCACUUCACAUCUUCAAUCCUGAACCGGUUUGAGUCGGCGACUCACGGAUGCUCAGUUGCUGGUACCCCACUGAUUUUCUCCAAGAAGGCAGAUCGACAUAGCCAUGGACUCCUUCGGAUG